AUGGUUCUCGAUCUAGAUCUAUUCAGAGCUGAUAAGGGUGGAAACCCUGCUAAGAUCAGAGAGAAUCAGGCGAAGCGGUUUAAAGAUGUGACGCUGGUCGACAAAGUUGUGGAGAACGACACGGCCUGGAGAAAACUUCGCUUCAGGGCUGAUCUGCUGAACAAGCUGAAGAAUGUGUGCAGCAAGGAAAUUGGUGAAAAAAUGAAAAAAAAAGUCGCAGUAGGUGAUGAUGAGAAGGUGCCUUCAGAAAUUUUGGAUAAUAUCGACGACCUUACGCAGGAAAAAUUGACUGAUUUAACAGUGACACAGAUCAAGCGUGUACGUCAAGAGAUAGAUGACCUUAUGAAGAGCAACAAUGAUAAACUCUUAGAACAUGAGAGAGAGAGGAAUGAAGCUCUGAAGGAGAUUGGAAACCUGCUGCAUGAGUCAUGCAUAGUGAGCAACAAUGAGGAUGAGAAUGGGAUAGAGAGGACAUUUGGGGACACAGAGACAAGGAAGAAAUACUCUCAUGUGGAUCUGGUGGUCAUGAUUGAUGGAGCUGACAAUGAAAAGGGAGCUGUCACUUCUGGAGGCAGGGGCUACUACCUUAAGGGUCCACUCGUGUUCAUGGAGCAAGCUUUGAUUAACCUGGCCAUGAAUAUGCUUCACUCAAAGGGCUAUGUUCCAUUGUACACACCUUUCUUUAUGCGCAAGGAGGUGAUGCAGGAAGUGGCACAGCUGUCACAGUUUGAUGAAGAGCUGUACAAGGUUGUUGGCAAGUCGUCGGAGAAGAAAGAUGAAUCAGACCUGGAUGAAAAGUACUUAAUUGCUACAUCAGAACAACCAAUUGCGGCUUUCCAUCGUGACGAGUGGAUCCCCACCGAGUCACUGCCCAUCCGAUACUUGGGGUACUCAACUUGCUUUAGACAGGAGGCAGGCUCCCAUGGUCGUGAUACGAGAGGCAUUUUCAGAGUCCAUCAGUUUGAAAAGGUGGAGCAGUUCUGCAUCACAUCACCAGAAGAAAACAAAUCAUGGGAGAUGUUUAAUGAAAUGAUCACCAAUGCUGAAGAGUUCAACAAAGCACUGGGGAUACCCUACAGAGUCGUCAACAUUGUAUCAGGCGAGUUGAACAAUGCAGCUUCUAAGAAACUGGAUCUGGAGGCUUGGUUUCCUGGUUCGGGGGCUUUCCGGGAACUGGUGUCAUGCUCAAACUGCUUGGACUACCAGUCCAGGCGACUGCGUAUUAGAUAUGGUCAGACUAAGAAGAUGGGACAAGAGACCAACUUUGUGCAUAUGCUGAAUGCUACCAUGUGUGCCACAACCAGAACUCUAUGUGCCAUCCUAGAGAACUACCAGACAGAAGAUGGAAUCAUCGUCCCUGAGGUCUUACGCAAGUUUAUGCCCACAGGCUAUGAUGAAAAAAUUCCAUUUGUGAAGCCUGCUCCGAUUGAUGAACAGGAAGCAAAGAAACAGAAAAAGUCUGAAAAGAAAGGAAACAAACCACCUUCUGCAUCGAAAGAACAGUAG